AUGAUGGGCUGUAAUUCUUCAAUGGAUACAAAUAGUGUUUUAGACGAACCCAUGGGGGGUAUGGCUGGCAUGGCCCUGCCCUCCAACCAAUGGCCUUUAACGCAAGCGAAUCCCAUAGAUGUUGUCCUGGAAUUUGUACGUCUCGAUGAGAAAAUUAGUAAAUUAGAGGCUACUUGCCCAGGUCCACGCCUAGCCACCUGUGAAGCUUGGAUAGAACAUUUACAAAGUAAACUAAGUGAACUAAUGGGUACUGAUGCCCGACAAAUUAAGGAAUCUCUGCGUAGUCGUGAACAAGCACAUGAAGCGUUUAGUUCAACUCCCUCUACAUCUACUUUGUCACAACAACAUGCAUCAUUACCCUCACAGGUAAUUGACCAAGGUGUCCUACAUAUUGAUGGCUACACAGCGGAACAUCCAUUUCCAUAUAAUAACAAUAAAGCUGUGGCCUACAAUAGUGCGGCUGUUGCAGACACUCACACCACCACCAGUAAUGGAAAAAAUAGCAUUCAAAAUGGUCUACUUCCGUCGGCGAAUCAUCAUAUGAAUGGUGGUGUUGGCGGUUAUGGCAUUACUCGUUUAUUGCCAACUAAUGAUAUAGUGACUAAAACACCUACACAGGAUUUAGUUAAUUUAGCUUUAAAUUUAGGCAUAAUAGGAGAUGUACAAAAGGCUUCCACACAUGAAGAUUUCUUUGCACAAUUAAGCGAAUCUGCUUUACAUCUGAUGACAAUACGUUGUUAUAAUGAAAUUUUGGAACACACAAAAAUAAGGCUGAAAACUUUAAUGGAUAGUUAUGCUGAAUUGAAUGAGUUGUAUGUUAAUCAUGAUGGUAUAAUUGCUUUCAUUAGUGGCGGUACUUAUAUGAGUCGCUUAGAGGAGAGUCUAGAUUCUCAACUGGAAGUGGCUCGUGAUGUUAGAGAUAAAUUGGGCAGCACUUUAGAGCAAUGGCGCAUAUGUGGUCUUCUGCUCAGAGCUAGUGCCAAUUCAGCUACACAAAGUCUCAAGCAAUGGCGUAAAGUUAAAACUAUAGUAAAUCCCAAAGAAAAACUUGAAAUGGCUUUAUCUUGUCGCAAAGACUUACAAGCCUCUUUGGUAUCUUUGGAAUGUGCCCAAUUAUCCCUGCCUCAUGUGGAAAUAAAAUACAUAAGCAAUCGUCAAAUUCUAGCGGUUAAACACUGUAAUACUUACAUGAUCACCGAUAUCUCCAACAUAGCAAGAUAUGAACAUACCUCUAAGGUUUUUCUAGCAUAUGAAUCGAAUAUUUCAAAAGCUUCGGCUUGGUUGUAUGAAACGUUUAAUAAGACCUUGAGACAUGAUUUCGAUAGAGCCGAAGAAACGGUACGCAACUUGGCCAAAAAUCUUAGAGAUCAUCGUGAGGAGAUAUUUACAGCAGCUCGCAGAUAGAAAUAUUUACGGGAAUUUUUAUGUUUUGUUUUUUUUUUUAACUACUAGUUAUUUAUUAUAUUUUUAAUAAAGUUUUUGUUAAUUUAAUUAACUUUUUAUAACAAUUAAUUUUGGAGU